AUGAGCCAUCGUUCGCCGUUUUCAACAGGAUUUGUUGGAAUGUUGAGAUUCCCGGUCCGAGCCUGCAAGGAUCAGGCGCUAUUCCACGCUCACACCUCGCGCCAUCGAUGCAGAUACUUCAGUGCUGGCGGUGAGAAAGCGAAUGGGGGCGGUGGGAAGGCAUGGAAGUCCUUCGCUGGAGCCGGGCUCGUGUCUGUGGGGCUAGUGUCUGCUGGAGUGAUCGUGCAGUCUGGAGGCUACAAAAAGGCGGCAGAGAGGGUAGAGAUCGUCACGACGUCGGUCACAAGAGCAUGCCGGAGUUUCUGGGUCCUCGGGAAAGUGGCUGUGGACUACAAGAGAACCAUCUUCCUGUACAAGUCCACCGACCAGUACAAGGAGGAGCUAUCGAAGUGCCACCGGCGGUCAGCCGAUGAGCUGCUGCGGCUGUGCCAGAAACAGGCGGGGGUCUACAUCAAAGCUGGACAGCAUAUCUCGUCCUUGCGGCCGGUCAUCCCGGCAGAGUUCACGGACACGCUGUCCUGCCUCUGCGACAAGGCACCGCAGAGCACGUUGCAGGACGUGGAGAGGGUGUUCCGCGAUGACAUCGGGAUGGAGAUGAGCGACGUCUUCGAGGACUUUGAUCCCGUCCCUGUGGGAUGCGCGUCUCUCGCACAGGUUCACAAGGCUCGUCUGAAGAAGCGUUCAGCUCUUCCUGAGCAGUUCCCCGAGACCGUUGCGGUCAAAGUUCAGCAUUCUUGGAUGAGUCAGCACACUGAGAGCGAUCUCCUUGCGGUGGAGGUUGUUGCUGCAGUGAUCGAGCUGCUGUUCAAGGGAGUUCAGGUCAAGUGGAUUCUUCCUGUUUUCCGAUCCAACCUCGACACCGAGCUUGAUUUUCGGUCUGAGUGUGCCAACUUGAAGCAAUGCGCGUACAACUUCAGGAACGAUGUCGACAUCCGCGUCCCGUUGCUGGUGGAGCAUCUUUGUUCCAAGCGCGUCCUCACCAUGGAGUUCAUCGAGGGUGUCAAGAUCGACGAUAAGGAGAAGCUUAUUCAGCAAGGAAUCGACCCGACCAAGGUUGCUCAGUCCGUCACCAAGCUGUUUGGGGAGAUGAUCUUCCUGCACGGUUUUGUCCACUGCGAUCCUCACCCGGGGAACAUGCUCGUCCAAAAAGUCACCAACGGUCGGACUGGCCGAAAUUACAACUUGGUAGUGCUCGACCACGGGCUCUAUCGGGAGAUCUCGUCGGAGUCGAGGAAGACUUACUGCACUCUGUGGGAGGCGAUGGUCUCCAUGGAGAUGGGGGUCGGCAAGUACGCGAAGCUGUUUCCCCUCAUCUUCACCAUGCGCUCCAUAGACAGCAAAGUCAGGCUGGGCGAACGUAUGUCGUCGGAGGAGCGAACGAGGGUGCGCUCGGAGCUCGGAAUCCCUGGCUUCACCAAGGAUGACUUCGACUUGGUGGAGCACUCCUGCCUCCUUCCUCGUGCUCCCCCUGUCUCUCCAGCUUCCUCAUCUUCAGCUUCACCUGCCCGGCUUCUUUCCUUCACCUGCCUCACCAUCAACCUUGAGCAGAUCCCCCGAGAUCUGCUCUUUAUCAUCCGCACCCAGAACCUCGUCCGCGCUCUGUGCUCCGACCUUGGACUUCGUCCGAGAGAACGAUUCCGCAUCUAUGCAAGACUCGCGGCCGAGGGCAACGUCCACGAGCACGAAGACUUGCUCGACAGCCGUCGUCUGCGCUUCUCGAACCUGCUCAGGAAGUGGCUGCGGGGGAUCCAGUUCGAGGUGCACAUGUUCUUCAUUGAGGUGGCGCUGUGGUGCUACACCAUGCUUCCUCGCGCACUCACCAUCUUCAAAUAUGAUAUGGAUGAGCUUGUACCGGCCUCAGCCAAGACUGUUUAUACAGGCGUGUAG